CUUCGGUGCAUGGUUGCUCGAUAUUCUUGCUUUGUUGCUUGCAAGGCUACCGAGUCGUCUUCUUUCAGCAUAUUUUCUGACCUCACACUAAAUUCCUUCUAAACAAUUCAGAACCUUGCACAUUCAGCUUCAAAUAUAAUUCUUUGAUUUCCAUCAAAUAAAAGUAACUGCAUUGAGUCUAGCGGGCUAGAGUUUCAAAUGUCUCAUCCAGGCAGCGUGGGUCGUGUAUAUGACCUUUGGAUUGAUGGACUUUUAUGCGCUUUUGAGUUUGUUCGAGGAUCCAAUCGUUGCCACUGGGUUCCUAUUGGAUGGGCAAGGAUUUCAGAACUAACGAAGAUUGCCGAAAAUUAUGCUGAAUGGUCUUCGCAACAAAUUGAUUUGAACGAGGAUGAAGAUGAUAUUACCGUUUCUGGUGUUGUUGCUCGACCUAUAUGGUGGUGUCACGUAUUUGCAACACAUUCCUAUAUUUAUGAAUGGCUCAGUAAUGCUCAAUGGCUACAUCCAACAGUUAGUAUUUGUUUGAGAGAUGUAAACGAACAUUGUAGUGAUUGUAUUGAUCACUUUGGUUUUGAGGUUCCUGUCGAAAUGGAAGGAGGGCUGUUAUUUGAGUUGUUGGGGUAUUCAGUUAGUGAUCCAUCUUCCAAAGUAGAUGAUACACCGAUUGUGCUUCGUUCUUAUCAUACUCAACAAUUUUUAUUGACUGUGUUGCAUCUUAAAGGUUCCUCGUCAAAAAUAAAUGUCAAAGGGAUCAAUGAAGUGCAGGAUCUACUUAGUACUGGUAGAAUUGCGAUUCCUAAAUCUGUGCAUGAGGUCAUAGCACGAUUAGCUUACCACCUUUCUCGGUGGGAUGAUAGGCUAUUUCGCAAGUUUAUUUUUGGUGCUGCUAAUGAAAUUGAGUUUAGGCUUUUGAACUGGAAAACUUAUGAGGAUCCACAUCUAAUCAAUGUAAUUUUUAAUCAGGACAUCAAAAAGUUGGCAACAAAGGUUUUUAGAGUUCAAUGGUCAUUACAUGCAAGGAAAGAAAUUGUCGUCUGUCUUCGACAUCUUUUGAGGGGAUCUGCCGUUAAAAGUUUACUGGAAGAAAUUCAAGAUACUACAAAUGAAAUGCUACAGGAGCAGGAAGUAGUUCGUGGACGACUCUUCACCAUCCAAGACGUCCUUAAAAGCACAGUUCGUGCAUGUUUGGAGGAUAAAACUCGGAGAAUUACUCAUAAUGGCGGGAUCAUAGGGAUUUGUGGGCUGGUCGUUUCCGUAAUAGUUAGCAUAUUUGGGAUGAAUCUAGAUGGAAUCCCUAGAGCUAAGAACUCUCCCUAUGCAUUUGCAUCGUUUUGUGUAUAUAUCCUCUUUAUUGGAAUGUUAUUAACUUAUUUUAGCAUGCUCCAUUUUGGGCUGAAGAAGCCCGACACUGAAGAGCAGGUCAAUGCUAGAAAACCUGAGAUACAAGAGUUGUUUUCCAUAUUUAAACGUGAUGUAGAGACACAUGGGAAGGCUAGGGAAGGUGUCUUCAGGAUUCGGACAUGUUAAAUGAUGUUGACUA